AUGCUUGUCCUCCGCAAUUUUCGACGCGCUCAGGUUCUUUCGCGACCGCAUCGUUCAAUAUUAAGAACAGCCCCUGCGACACGGCGUACAUUCUUAACGGGGCUUGGAAAUGAAUUCCUUGACCUUGCUUUGGCCCUGCCACUACCACCUGGCACUCCAGUCUAUGCGACGACGAUCAUCUUGGUGACUAUUGCGACUCGUGCCGCUCUCCUCCCAGUAGCAAUAUGGGGAAAACAAAAAUCUCGCGUCAUAGAAGAGGUGGUGAUGCCUAUAAUUGCGAAGGAGAAGCCAGUCGUCGCCCAAGAGGUAUUUGAAAAGAUGAAGGCGGACAAAAUUCGCGGAGACAAGCCUUUCCUCAUUGAAUACCAUGCGAAGCGGUGCCAGGAGAUCCUCAAUGCCCGCCGAAAGGAACUUAUGCGAGAGCAUGGGUGUCAGACAUGGAAGUCGAUGCUUGUUCCUCCACUAGUUCAGCUUCCACCUUUCUUCGUCAUCACCCUCAUGCUGCGACGACUUUCCGAAGGCCCUACUCCCUUUGAUUCCGAAGCAUUUUUCACCCUCACGAACCUAGUCCAUCCAGACCCAACCAUGACGCUUCCCAUUCUCCUUGGUGUCAUUACCAUGGCUAAUGUGGAGACGAACAACUGGUUAAUGACGGCAACCCAGCGUGCCAACCUUAAGAAGCUGGAGGAAAAACGGGAAAAGAUGAAAGCCGAAGGCAAGCGAAUCUUAGAACCAGGGAAAAUCAUCAAGAACGCCCUUCGAGGGUUGUCUGUCAUCCGAAUCCUCGUUGCUUCCGUCAUGCCUGGAAGUAUCAGUUUAUAUUGGGUUACUUCUGCGUCGCUGGGUCUCGUUCAGACCUGGAUUAUGGAUUGGAUGGAUUACCGUCGCCGAAGUCUACUCGAGUCCAAGGCUGCCGCAGCUCCACCAGGGGCCCCUGACCCCGCUUCCACCAAGACAGUGCAGACCAAGCGCCGUCGUUAA